GGUUUUUGGUUUGGGUUACAGCGCAACUGAAUGCCACAGUGCUGUCGCGCGCUCAGUCGCACGAGCAUAUCUUGAGAGCUGGAGUUUUAUUCUGCUGCCUCGCGACUCAUUUUCUUUUUGUAACGUUGUCUAUGAGUCUUAAUCCAAUAAACCAUUCCAUAUCGGUUAGUGACAGUUUUGGACUAGGUUACGGAACGUUUUUUUCUUAUAUAGCCUACUCUGGAUGUACAUUGUGACUAACGAUGUUUCAAUGGACCUGAAUGAGAAAGGAUUGUUCUUUUCAUCGUCAAAACAAUAAAUUGCGUGUUUGAACGAACUUACCCACGGAUAAAAAGCGCAAUGAUUUUCGCCGCGAUUUACAUCGUUUUACCGCUGUGGGAUGUGCUGUUAUCUGCCGAGGAGUCUUACUUUACUAGUUCAAACCGGCUGGACUGUGUGAAGGCGAACGAGCUGUGUUUGAAGGAGCCGGGAUGCAGCACAAAGUAUCGAACUAUGAGGCAGUGCGUGGCGGGGAGGGAGAGCAACUUCAGUAUGGUGACUGGAGUGGAGGCGAAGGAUGAAUGCCGGCUUGCACUGGACGCUUUAAAGCAGAGCCCUUUGUAUAACUGCCGCUGUAAAAGAGGCAUGAAGAAAGAAAAGAACUGCCUGCGCAUCUACUGGGGGAUCUAUCAGCAUUUACAGGGGAAUGAUUUACUUGAGGAUUCUCCAUAUGAGCCUGUGAACAGCCGGCUUUCUGAUAUAUUUCGACUUGCUCCCAUCUAUUCAGAGGGAGGGACUAAUGGCGGUCCCUGGAGCAGUCCUAUCACCGUGGCCCCAGGGAGAGGGUCCCAGGGCAGGUCAAUACCACUUGAACCUCAAGACCCCAGUAGAAACAGAAGGGCUCACCCAAACUGGGCUAUUCUGGGUGAGCCAGCGCUAGCAAAGGAGAACAACUGCCUGAACGCAGCAAAGGCCUGCAACUUUAUAUUGUCUUUUAUACCAUGCAUCUUUGUCUUUGCAGGUGAGCCAGCGCUAGCAAAGGAGAACAACUGCCUGAACGCAGCAAAGGCCUGCAACCUAAACGAUACCUGUAAGAAAUAUCGUUCGGCUUACAUAAGCCCCUGCACCAGCCGAGUCUCAACGGCUGAAGUCUGCAACAAACGGAAGUGCCACAAGGCCCUGCGGCAGUUCUUCGACAAGGUGCCGCCCAAGCACAGCUACGGUAUGCUCUUCUGCUCCUGUCCUCUAGGGGAUCAGCUGGCCUGUUCUGAGCGCAGACGCCAGACCAUCGUACCAGCCUGUUCAUAUGAGGACAAGGAGAAGCCCAACUGCCUGGCACUGCAAGCGUCCUGCAAGACCAACUACAUCUGCAGGAAGGAGGCAACCCCAGAGUCCGCUAAGUGGCUUGUUAAGGAUUCAUUAGCACAACGUGGAUUUAUAUUGUCUUUUAUACCAUGCAUCUUUGUCUUUGCAGGUGAGCCAGCGCUAGCAAAGGAGAACAACUGCCUGAACGCAGCAAAGGCCUGCAACCUAAACGAUACCUGUAAGAAAUAUCGUUCGGCUUACAUAAGCCCCUGCACCAGCCGAGUCUCAACGGCUGAAGUCUGCAACAAACGGAAGUGCCACAAGGCCCUGCGGCAGUUCUUCGACAAGGUGCCGCCCAAGCACAGCUACGGUAUGCUCUUCUGCUCCUGUCCUCUAGGGGAUCAGCUGGCCUGUUCUGAGCGCAGACGCCAGACCAUCGUACCAGCCUGUUCAUAUGAGGACAAGGAGAAGCCCAACUGCCUGGCACUGCAAGCGUCCUGCAAGACCAACUACAUCUGCAGGUCUCGUCUGGCUGAUUUCUUCACCAACUGUCAACCUGAACCCCGCUCUCUCUCUGGCUGUCUGAAGGAGAAUUAUGCUGACUGCUUGCUGUCGUACUCUGGCCUCAUUGGCACGGUGAUGACCCCAAAUUAUCUGCGCUCACCCAAGAUCAGCGUGUCUCCAUUCUGUGACUGCAGCAGCAGCGGCAACAGCAAAGAGGAAUGCGACAGAUUCACAGAGUUCUUCACUGACAACGCCUGCCUGCGUAAUGCAAUCCAGGCCUUUGGAAAUGGGACGGAUGUGAGCGUUUGGCAGCCAAUGCCCCCAGUGCAAACAACCACCACUAUGACAACACCAUCCCAGAGGAACAGAGAUCGAGACAGAUCACCCAAUGCCAUAGAGCCAGGGACACACAUCAACCAUCUCAAUCCAGCUGAUAACUCCCUCUACCAGUUCUGCGGAAGCCUCCAGGCUCAGAAGCUGCAGACAAACAACACAAUAGCUGUGUUAUGUGUGGACCCACAGAUCGAUGACCCCAGCUCCUCCAACGCCAUCUCCAGGAAUUCGUCCACUCGGCAGGCAUCUCUAUCAGGCCUUAGCUCUCUGCUGCUCCUGCUGGCUACCUCCUUGCACUGCAUCUUCACUGUAGCGAUGUUGUAGCCACCUAAGAACAUAAAACACGGACAGUCACAAUUUGUACAAAGUCGAUCGCUGUUCCUGGUCAAUCUGUUGUACUCAGUACUCUCUCUCUUUCUCUCUCUUAGUCCCUCCCUUCCUCUCUAUUGCUGUUCUGUUUUUUAAGAGCUUUUGUUGAUGUUGUUGAUGCAACGAAACAAAGUGGUCUUGGUGUACUCGAGUUUCUGUCUCUCUUCCCUCCUGAUUUUGCAUCGGAAGAUGAAACGUGAAAGAAAUGCAAGAGAACCCUGGAAUCAUUGCAGCAUUCCCAUGUGAUGUUGUGCCGUUUACGCAACCGCUGGUGUUUGAGGGCCAGAAAUCAUAAGGACUCCUGUCACAGCAGUAGAGAUUAAUCUUAUCUGUGCACUUAACAACACAGUGUUCACUAUCCAUUGCUCACUGGUACACAAAGACACUGCAAAAGUAAAACCAAGACACUAUUAAAACGUAAUUUUUGAGAUGUGGUCACUGUUUAUUUCUACAAAUUGUCUUCUAACAUUAUGGUGAAAAUUAGAUUCUCACUAAUUGUGCUUCUCCGUAGUUUUUCUAUAGCAUCACUGGCCCAUCUGUAGGUCAAACAUAUCAAAAGACAUUUACAAAACAUCUAGUCACAGAAAGUGAAAGGAGGGUUUAGAGGGGAGUUUACUGGAUGACCAACAGGACAGUAGCUUUGUCUGAAAAUACAUGAAAGAGCCUAUUUGACAACUUUGCUCUGGUUUGUCAUGGUGUGUUUGCGUGUGGAUGCAUGUGUGAAUGCGUAAUGCUGUUUGUAUGUGUUUGUUUGAACGUUGAGGAUGAGGUCAUGGGUUGACUGGAUGGAUAUGUCAAUAGAACUGGGGUUUCAUAACUCCUCUGUCACAGUUUGCGGGAGAAAACAUGGACUGAGGCCGAACAGCAGCAUUGAUUCUUGUGUAAUCAGACGGUGUGUCAAGGUUCUAUGUUACAAUUGCAUAUAUAAGUAUCUGUAAAUUGCAAUGCAUUACCACUCACAAGGCUAAACCUACAGGCAUCCGCGUAUCUAUCAAGUGUAUAUUGCCUUUCUGAUGUUGCUUUGACAGGGAUUUUCAUACUUUGGCCCCAACGAAACAUGCAAUCUAGUCAUGUAUGUAUUAUAUACGGUAGCCAGUUUUUUGUACUGUAUGUCUAUACAAAAGUUACUGAAAGAGUCAGUAUUGUGAUCCUGCAUCACAAUUACUUAAAACCAG